GGCUCAGGUUGGGCCGAACGUUCAUGGACUACUACCUCUACAGCUCCAUUCAGCGAGCCGACCCGCCGGCGGCCGGCCGCCGCUCGCCAAAGGAACACCGCCGUGUGGCAGCCAACCGGCGGCGUUGGAGCGACGCAACGGUGCUCGUCCCAUCCUUCCCUCCCGCGUCUUGUCCGCGCUUGCAAUGCCAACGACGACGCCUCCGUCCUCGUCCACUUGCUUCCAUGCUCCACGCCGCGCGCAGGUGGACGCCGCCGCUCCCUGCCACGCUCGCCGCCGCCUUCUUCUCCUCCAAGCCCCAGCCUCAGCGUCCACGGCAGCUGCUAACGCCGCAGCUCGUCGACGCCGUCGUCUCCCGCUGCCCCUCAGACGGCCUCGCGCUAUCCUUCUUCCUUUGGUGCGCCCGCCGCCCCGGCAACUUCCACCCGCCGUCCUCCUUCGACCGCCUCCUCCCCGCCGCCACCCGCAUCGCUUCCCGCCUCGGCACCGCCCACGCGCUUCUCCGCGAGCUCCAGCGCCUCGGCUGCCCCAUCAAGCCCCGGACCUUCCACCUCUUGUGCUCAGGCUCUACUGGCGCGGGGAGCUCUACCCUCUCGUGCAAGAGCUGUUCGAUCAAAUGUGCCUCUAGGAAUUCCACCCCAACACCUUCGCUUGGAAUGAUGUCCUCGUCUCCUCGACAUCGAGCUCAGCAAAGGCCAUUUAGACGCCGACGCGGUGCGGUGCGCUCUGCAGCACUGCCCCGCGCCCAAUUACCUUACAUACGCCAUUGUGCUCACUCAUCUCUGCAGGGUGAGAGACUGGUCAGGGCCACAGGGGUGCGGAGCUAUUUUAUAGAAAUGCUUCGACAGGGAUUUCAACCAAGCUCUGCUUCUCUCACGGCCGUUCUUGCUUGCUGCAGUAAGGCUGGAACCAUGUACGAGCUUCUGCAGCUGCUUUCUUUCGCGCUUGCCUUGGGUUGCAAGCUCACCUCGGCCAUGUGGACAUGUUUGAUUGUUCGUCUGUGACAUGAAGGAAGACUGGAAAAGGCUUCUAGCGUGCUGGCAAAGGUGGUGGAUUCUGGUACUGCUCCUUCUGUGGUCACUUACACGCCAAUUGUCAGUGGAUUCUUGCGAGCUGGCAGCCAUAGAAAGGUCAGCGAGCUUUUGGGAUCCAUGGUGUCCACCAGCUGCAGCCCAGACAUUGUUCUGUAUAAUGUUCUGAUGGAUAGUUUGGCGAACGAGAGCAGAUAUGAUGAAGCCUUAGACAUUUACAUGCAUAUUCAUGGCAGCCAGAUAAAGCCGGAUGCAUACACUUUAUCCACUUUAGCUCAGGUAUUAUGUUUCUCAGACAUAGGUAUUCUUCGCAGGUUGAUUCUACGCCCAGAUAUUUCGUUUGAUGAUCUUGUGGCCUGCAAUUCUGUGCUGAGUGCUCUGCGCAAGUCUGGUUUUCCAUCAGAUGCCAUCCAGUUCUACCUUAAUAAAAUUGUUUCGCGCAUUAAGCCAGACAGCUACACUUAUGUCGGGUUACUGGAUAGUUUGUGCCAGUUGGGAAGGGUAUACCAUGCAAUCGAUGUCUACCGUGCUGUCAUUGUGAGCGAACCUGAAUCAAAUGCCUAUGUUCAUGCAGGAUUCCUCUGUGGUCUUGUUAGACAGGGCCGGAGUCUUUUAGCCUGAAGAAUUUUAAGAGAGGCUAUACAUGAAAAUUAUGCUCUUGAUUCUGUCUGUUACACUAUUGUUUUACAUGGUCUUUUCCGCGCUCAUCUGGUGGAAGAGGCUUGCGGGUUGUUUGAACAGAUGAAACAAUCAGGAAUAGCACCCAACACUUGUACAUACAAUGUAAUGCUUUGUGGACUUUGUAGGACCAGGGAUCUGCACGCUGUCAAGCAGUUUAUAACAGAGGUUGAAUGUACUGAUGUUGAAAUUGACAGUGUAUUAGUCAACGCAAUCGCUUUCCUAAUGACGUCACAGCAUAUUGAUUCAGCUGCUGCAAUGAUUGGAGACAUGCUUAACCUAGGCAUCAAACCUACUACCAAAACCUGCUCUUUACUUGCUCAGUCCAUUGACUAUAAACUUGUUCUGAAGGAUAAUACUGCUGCUACUGUUGAAAGUGAUGGGUCAGAGUCAUCCAGUGAUCUCCUUGUAUGCUCAGCUUCAUAGGCCAUAUUUUGUCAAGUGGACAAGUAUAUUGGUUCUCUCCAACUACAGUUGUUCAUGCACAUCUGCAUCAAGCUAUACAGUACUAAAGGAUGAUGAAUUUCUUCAAUGGCUUUCUCUGUUCAGUAGGUACUAUACCAUUUUUCUUGUGAUAUCCAACAGCAGGUCAGCAGCUAUCAUAAUUGUUGUUAACCUCAGAGAUGUGUUUCUUAAAUGUUCUACUGUCAUGUCACUUUUCACCCCCCCCCCCCCCUUAAUUUUAGCAUCAACUGUUUUAUUUCACGUUUAGAUGCAGAAUGUGCUUAAAUUUUAGCAGCAGAUUCAGAACAAAAUCUUAGGCAGGGUGGUGUACUGGCGUCAAAUAUGGUAGAUAUUCAAAUAAGAAAAUACUCUAGUGUCUAUAUGAUCAUAAGAUGGAUUCAUGCUAUGGUCAUAAAUAUAACUGUUCAUGGAAACCAAAAACACAAAGGAAAAUAUACCAAUAAAUAGUUGAUUAUGCUAUCCAUUCUUGUUCUGUUAUACUUGCCAAGCCAAACCUUAAGAAAACAUACGACUAAAUCUCGAUUUUGCUUUGUACUAAUCACUCGAUCAUUUUGUUGUCGUAGUUCUGGCAGCUGGCCUCACCAAGGUGGUGUAUUCUCCAUUCUUAUUGCUUAGUGCUGCAGCUAAUUGUUGUUUUCAUUGUGUUCUUGUAGUAUGUAUUUGUGUGACUGUUUUUCUACUAAUAAUCACUUGUGUUCUUUUUGGUAGAAUGGAUACUAAGGUGAAGGGGCCUGUGGAAAUUGAUGCGCUCGUGUGCUUUUAUCACAUGUAUGCCUGUUAUGGGUGACCAGAGGGCUAGCCCAUCUAUCCUUCAAGUUGAGAGAUAAGGAUUAGACAGUUGGUUUGUUAGGAUAAUUAUUGGUUGAGAGAGAUUAGAUCAGUUAGUUGUUUGUUAGGAUAUAUAUUGGAUGGGCUGGCCCUCCAACCACCCAAAACAAUGCCAACUUUUAAUAACUCAAGAACUGCACUUUAAUUCUGCAGUCACAUGUAGAAAACUUCUUUCACUGGUUGUUUGGUUCUUGCUGAAAUACUUGGCUCUAAUAAUGCAGUAAUGAACCUGUGUCCUCUUAGCUUUUAUAGAGUAGUUUGUAUCUGGCUUAUUGGUUUAUGGUCAUUCAAAUGGUAAAAUGCAACUGACCUUGAUCCUUUGGUUUUAAUCUGAUACAGGUUGGUGGACAUACUGCAAUGAA